UCUCAAUAUAUUAUCAUGGUACACUCACAGGUCCUUACAUUUGACUUAAACAAAAAAAUAAUAGUUGAUUGGUUUGUAUGAAUUUUAAUAUUAAUAUUAAUAAGAGUUAUAAUUGGAAUGUUCAUAUCUCACAACUGGAAGAUUUAGAUGUCUUUCUCAAAAUCCUAUUUCCAUUUUCCAUAUAGCAUGCAUAAUUGCUAACACCAGUUUACAUAUUCAAGACACCCAAAUUCUUAUCUGUGUUCAUAUUGUUCUACUCUCUACACAAUGGAACAACCAUUAAAAUUCAGAUUAUCACUUUUAUUCUUGUUACUUGUCUUGCAAUCCAUCACUUCAGAAUCAAAAUGUAGCAAAACUUGUGACUUAGCUUUAGCUUCCUAUUAUAUAAGGCCAGGUACAACCUUGGCAAAUAUUUCAAAGGUCAUGCAAUCCAAUGUUGUUUCAAAAGAAGAAGAUAUUCUCAGCUACAACACAGCAAUUACAAACAUAGAUGCUAUCCAAUCCGAUACAAGAGUGAAUGUUCCCUUCCCUUGUGAUUGCAUCAAUGAUGAGUUUCUUGGUCACACAUUUCUCUACAAGCUUCGCCUUGGAGAUAUCUAUCCUUCCAUUGCUGAGAGGACUUAUACAAAUUUGACUACCGAGGAGUGGAUGGAGAGAGUCAACAGUUAUCCUGGAACCGAUCUUCCUGUUUCUGCGAUGGUUAAUGUUACUGUUAACUGUUCCUGUGGGAGCAGAGAGGUUUCUAAGGAUUAUGGUUUGUUCAUCACAUACCCUCUUAGUUCUAAGGACACUUUGGAGUCUAUUUCUAAGGAUACCAUGAUUGAGGCUGAGUUGCUGCAGAGGUACAACCCUGGUGUCAAUUUCAGCCAAGGAAGUGGUCUUGUUUUUAUUCCAGGGAAAGAUGAAAAUGGAUUUUAUGUUCCCUUACCCCCUAGAAAAGGUCAUUUAGCAAGAAGUUUAGGUACAGCUGGAAUAUCUAUUGGAGGAUUAUGCAUGGUUCUGUUAUUAUUACUUUGUAUAUAUGUUAGAUACUUUCGAAUGAAGAAUGGAGAAGAAAAGUCUAAAUUGUCACCAGAUGAUUCUAUGACACCUUCAACUAAAGAUGUUGAUAAAGAUACCAAUGGUGAUACUGGAUCCAGAUAUAUUUGGUUAGACAAAUCACCAGAGUUUUCGUACGAAGAACUCGCCAAUGCUACAGAUAACUUCAGUUUGGCUAAAAAAAUUGGUCAAGGUGGUUUUGGUGAGGUCUACUAUGGAGAGUUGAGAGGCCAGAAAAUUGCAAUCAAGAAGAUGAAGAUGCAAGCAACAAGAGAAUUUCUUUCUGAACUGAAAGUGUUAACAAGUGUUCAUCACCGGAACCUGGUACACUUGAUUGGAUAUUGUGUUGAGGGAUUUCUAUUCCUUGUGUAUGAAUACAUGGAAAAUGGAAACUUAAACCAACAUCUACAUAAUUCAGAGAAAGAACCGAUAACGUUGUCUACAAGGAUGAAAAUUGCCCUGGAUGUUGCGAGAGGCCUUGAGUAUAUUCAUGAUCAUUCCAUUCCUGUAUAUAUCCAUCGUGACAUAAAAUCAGAUAAUAUUCUGUUAAAUGAAAACUUCACUGGCAAGGUUGCAGAUUUUGGAUUAACCAAGCUUACUGAUGCUGCAAGUUCAGCAGAUAACACUGAUCAUGUGGCAGGCACAUUUGGUUACAUGCCACCUGAAAAUGCAUACGGACGUAUUUCUCGCAAGAUAGAUGUGUACGCUUUUGGAGUUGUUCUUUAUGAACUAAUUUCUGCUAAAGCAGCAGUGAUCAAGAUCGAUAAAACCGAGUUCGAGUUGAAGAGCCUUGAGAUUAAGACCAAUGAAUCUAUUGAUGAGUACAAGAGCCUUGUAGCUUUGUUUGAUGAAGUUAUGGAUCAAACGGGAGAUCCUAUAGAAGGUCUAAGAAAGCUGGUGGAUCCAAGGCUAGGAUAUAACUAUUCAAUUGAUUCCAUUAGCAAGAUGGCAAAGCUUGCCAAGGCUUGCAUAAACCGAGAUCCGAAACAACGUCCAAAAAUGAGAGACCUUGUGGUUUCUCUUAUGAAACUGAAUUAUACUAUUGAUGAUGAAAGUAGGACAGGUAGCGCAGAGUUGAGUCUUGCUGUGGAGCAUGAUUCAAAUUGAAAUGAAGAAGUUCCAAUGUGAAACUUAAUACUAUUCUACUAUGCACUUGCUGUUGUACAGCUUAAUAUAAGAGAAUGAUAGAAAGAAAAAAACAGAAAAUGUGGAUAGUUGUUUAUUGAUGUUUGGAAACAUGAUUUGUUUUUAAUUA